CAACAGAACAAGACGAUACGACCCAGAGACAAAAACAUUUCGACAACUCAAAUAAGGUGAACACUAUCCCGAAGCACUGGGGGAAGGAAUACGACGUGACACCGUUUCCAUGGAGACCAUUGUUGCUUCCGGUCGCUUGUCCGUGGACAUUCGCGUGUCUUCAAUAAGUCCCUGGGUAAUGGACUCCGAGUACCUGAAGGACCGCCUGGGCAAGUGUCUGGUGGAGGGUCUGGCCGAGGUGCUGGAGCGGCGGCCCCGGGACCCCAUUGAGUUUUUGGCCCACUGGAUUUACAAGUACAAGGAGAACCUGAACUAUGAAAAGGAGAGGAAAGAGUACCAGGCACAGCUGGAAGAGGAACAGCAAAGGGCCAUUGCUGAAGCAGAGAACCUGAGCAAGAAGCAGGAGGAAGAAGAGAAGGUCGGAGAACUUGAGGAGAAGGUCGGAGAACUUGAGGAGGUCGGAGAACUUGAGGAGGAGGUCGGAGAACUUGAGGAGAAGGUCGAAGAACUUCAGGAGAAGGUCGAAGAACUUCAGGAGAAGGUCGAAGAACUUCAGGAGCAGCCCGAGGACACGAGUGGAGCGGAAGCGAUUGAAAGAGCUCAGCCCACACCAGCAGAACCAGAUCUGGAACCAAAGGCCGCAACAGAAAGGGUGGUGGGAGACAAGUUGGAGAUGAGUGGAACGGAACCGAGUGAAAGAGCUCAGUCCACACCAGCAGAACCAGAUCUGGAAUCAAAGGCCGAAGCAGAAGAGGAGGUGGGAGACAUGUUGGAGAUAAGUGGAACAGAAGUGAGUGAAAGAGCUCAGCUCACACCAGCAGAACCAGAUCUGGAACCAAAGGCCCCAGUAGAAGGGGUGGUCCAAGCUGAACUCCAGCAGGAAGGCCAAGAGUCCUUGUCUGCUGCCGCUGAUGAGGGAGGAGAAAAGAAGAGGGAGAGAAUUCAACCCGAAACAAGCAAAGAGGUUCCUUCCGUACCAGUCGAACCCGAGCCGGAACCACAAGAUGAUGUUGUCGGAUCAGACGAGGGGCCCCAGCAGGAGGCAGAGAUCUCUCAGGAAGUUCGAGCAUCUCCUGAUGAACAUGUCAAGGAAAAGGAAGAAGAUAAAAAAGAGGAUGAAUGAACAUCAUGGAUAACACUGUCUUGUGAUUUUGCAUCCUGGCGCUGAAGACUGCGAAAUAGUUUAGCCCUUCAUUUUCAUCAUUCAUCUUGAGCAUGCAGAACAUCACAUCUCUCGCUGUGGUCUGUAGAUGGGGAGUCUGAAUGUAUUAGUGGUGGAUACUUGAUGCUGAAAUUCAUUAAUACACACCAUGAAGGCGGUGUCACACGUAGUUCUUUUUGUAAUAAUUUGGGUUCUUUUUUGUCUUUUUUAUUUCCUACUCGAUGCAGUUAUUAUCAUUCUAGAAUAUCUAUAUUUUUCUUAAUCGCAUGUGAACUUUGUUAUUGUGAUGUUUGGAAAUCAUCCAAGGACUGUCAUUUAAAACUGGAUGCAAUAAAUUCUUCUUUUGUCAUAACCUUAUGUCAUGGAGAUAGGACUCAGUAAAAUAUUGAAAUGUGUGGGAAUUUGGAGCCUCUUAUUGGUGAUCUGAUGCUGCAGCGAAGCUCUAAAAAACUAAAAAAUUGCUCAAUGAAAACCUGACCAACGGACCCACCUGGUCAGAACCGGUUAAGAUGUAACGAGCAGCAGGUGCGGCCAUUUAAAACUGUAAACAAAAAAAAAUUUAACGUUGUGUAAAUUGUGUGUUAUUUUGACGUAGGGUCACGGAAAGUGAACUGGGGUUCAGUUUGUUCAUUAUUGCCCGCUGGCAGCUCAGUUACAGACUUCCCCAGUAGUUUUGGGUGCAUAAAUUUGCAUGCAAAAGCUAUCAUGCACAUCUCCUAAAUGAUCUCUCUGAGUUGAUUUCAGAGUGAGAACGUAGUUCUGAGAAGUGGUGAACUUCAGCGCUGUCCCAGUUCCUUCGUUGCCAUAGUAACCUGUCAACCACUCCUAUUGCACUCGGGUUCUUUUCAGAUCGGUAUCGGUCAGAAUACGACUUUCAACAUCUGCAAGAAUUUGAUUCUCAUAUUUUAAAAAUGAAUAACAGUUACUUAAUACAGUCACCCUUCACACAAAUUGCAGUGAAAGUUCAGUGAUGCAGAGAUGACAAGGAUACACACACACACACCAUCUGAACCGCUUGUCCCAUCCAGGAUCAUGAGGAGAUGGAGCCUA